AGCCAGCCAAAAGGGAAGGGAACAAAGAUAGCGUGUGAAGUGCGACUUGAAGCACUGUGGGAGCAACAAGAAACACAAAAUAGUAUUUUUUUUUUAAUUUUUUUUUUGGUUACGCUACCUAGGUUAUUCACUGGCGCUGGCACUCCGAACGACUGACUGAAUGUUGACAACGUCUUUUUUUCCCUCUCCCCCUUCUUUCCCCGCAGCCCACUCGCGGUUCAGCCUUCUCUAUUUUUUUUGUUUUACACCCGCCGCCGCAGCUUAUCCCUUGCGAACGGUUGUCUGUUUCGUUGCCUGUGUGUGUCGCAUUCUCAUUUUGCCCCUGUCGCAAAACUAUUUUGUGACCAAGACCGCGCGCAACAAAAGGCAAAAAGAAAUCAGUCGUAAUAUUCAACAUAUCGGCAGCGCGCGCGCGACGUAGGACACGACACACCCCCAUCCUGUUCCUGUUGUUUCCUCCCUCCCUCUAGCCCAGCCUCGUUGUUCCCCAGACGAGCAAACAGACUGAAACGAAACAGGUGGUGGUCUGUUACUCGUGUGUCUACACAAACAGACAAACCCAUCUGAACUACCAUAACCCAACCUUCCCCGACCUCGAUAAUAAUACCAAAUCAUCAUACCAAAAUAAUCAUCCAAAAAACACACGGUGCGACACCGUCACCAAAAAAUGUCGUCCGCCCUCGAAGCCAAAAUCGUCAUCCUCGGCUCCCAAGGUGUAGGCAAAACCUCCCUCGUAACCCGGUACUGCAAAGGCGCCUUCGACCCAGCCAAAACAACCUCCACCGUCGGGGCAUCGUUCAUGACGAAGAGGGUAGUAGACACAGACACCGACACCCUCGUCCGUCUGCAAAUAUGGGACACCGCCGGCCAAGAACGCUUCCGCUCCAUCUCCCGCCUCUACUACCGCGGCGCAAACGCCUGCAUCCUCUGCUACUCUAUAACCGACUCGUCCUCCUUCCACGAAAUGUCCCUCUGGCUCACCGAGCUCCGCCGCAACUUACCUUCUGACAUCAUCCUCCACGUGGUCGGGACAAAGGCGGAUAUUGUCGCGAAGGACCCUUCGAAGAGACAGGUUCCGUUUGAGAGGUGUAUCGCCUAUGUGGCGGAGAAUCUCGCGCCGGGAAGGGGAUCAACCCCCCCUCCGUCCGCCACCCUUCCCUUACCCUUUGCACCGUCUUCUUCUGAACCAGCGGCUUCGUCGUCGAACCCGAGAUCGAGCGGGUUGUUUUCGGCUAUAUCGUCCACCGACCCUGGACCGAAAUCUCCAAGCUCGAAACGGUCUUCUGGGUUUUGGGGCCAGGAGGUGGGGUGGGAUGCCUGUCAUGAGAUUUCUGCCGAGAGCGGGGAGGGGGUAGAGGAGGUUUUUAGGGUCGUGACGAGGAAGCUGGUGGAGAGGGACAGGAAGAUGAGGGCUGAUUUGUUGGCUGCUAGUGGGGGGAGGUUGGAUGGUGGCGGGUAUAUGGGGCCGGAGACGCCUUUUUUCUCAAGUGUAGCUGCUACGGCGGGGACGGAUGAUCAGGAUGGAGGGGGGCAGGGGGGGUAUUUUGAUGCUAGGUUUGGAGUAGGGGGGAAUAGUGGGGGGAGUUUUAGGGUGGGAAGGGAUAGGAGGAGUUGGUUGUUUAGUCCGGGGUUCAGCACGCCAGGGUUGGGGACGGGGGAUCAAGGCCAGGGGCAGUAUGUUGAUGGGCAGAGGGGGGGGAGGUGCUGUUAG